AUGGAAAAGCUCAGUAAUGAUGAUCAACCGUCCGAUAAUCGGCCUACACCCGACGAUUUUCUUAAUUUUCUGCCCUGGGCUUGCAACCAGCUUCAACUAGAAACAACUGUUCUUAUCACAAAGGGUUUUCAAAAUGAAUACGUAAGUGUAGCUUUAACAGAUAGAAGCAAGAAAACCGGCAAAAGUCGCAUUAAGUUAACGCAAUCUCGUCAUGAUGUCGGAUCAGACCAGGAUAGAGAAAAUUCAGCAUCAGGUCUUCAACAAUCCAUAUCCUAUCAUAACAUAGUAAGAAUUAUAGCCAUCUAUGAUAGUUUUGAACAUUUAGUCGAAAUAAAAUUCCUAAAAAACAGACAAAUACCGAGGUUAAUCUUCAAAAUCAUCGGACUGACUAUAAAAUUUCUACCGAAUGUAACCAAUCUAAUUAUCAAUAGUGGAAUGGAUCAGUACACACUUUAUGAAAUAAAUAAAUUUCUUAACAUCUCAAAUAUAACAGAAAUAUGCUUAGAUGGUUCCUUUUUAAAAGAAGGAAACUAUGACAUACUGCUGGAAACUAGCAGCCCUCUCCGGCAUUAUUCCUUAUGUAGAUGCAAACUUGAUGAUUUGGUUAUUGAGAAUAUAUCAAGAAAGUUAGUCUAUCCAAGGUCUGCUUCUAAAACUCUAAUGAUUCUCAAUUUAUCAUCGAAUAGCAUAACAGAUUUAGGUGCAUCGUAUUUAGCACAAGCUUUACGAUCGAAUCGACAUUUAAUUUACUUAAAUUUAGCUGAUAACAGACUAACUGACGAGGGAGCCAGGCAAAUAUUUGACAUACUCGUAGAAUUCCCACUGACGUCACAAGAGCUGUUUGAAGCUAGGCAAAGGCAUAUGCUUUAUUUAAAACAUAAAAAUGAAUUAAUCGAAGUUAUGAUCAAAGAAAUACGAGCCGGUGAAUUUGAUAAGAAAUCGUCUAGGAGGAAAUCGAUAAGACCAAUAUCAGCCGCAUCCGGCAAGAAAUCAAAAUUAGACAAGGAAUCUUCUUUAAAGUCCAUCGGUGAUGCAAAGAGUCUUGCUAAUAUAGAUUUGAUAUAUUAUGAAAAAGCAUUAAACAUGGUUGAGAAUUCUCUUGGAGAUUUUAGGGAUCCAUACAAUUCAUACGAGACAAUCGUGAAGGAUGGAAAUGUAUUUUCUAAAGGGAACAACGUCCUUUGCUAUUUAAAUUUGGCGUAUAAUAAUCUUUCAUAUUUAUCAUUAAAAAAAUUGCUGGGAGUUCUUAUAUUUCAGAAGCUUCUCGAUAGGAAACCAAGAGGUUUGAUUAAUUUGUCUGUUGAAGGUAAUAACCUCCCCGUAACUUGUAAGGAGAUGGCUCAAAUCGAUGACAUUUUGGAAAUGGGCUUAAUGGUCCAUAAUCGUAGACUUUCUGGGGCUAAGAAAAAACCUCAGUCAAAAUGUACAUCACGCUGA